ACCCCCACUGACACACUGAUUAGUAUCACACUUAUCAAGUUACCUCGCCAGUAAAAUAAAUAAAUAAAUUAAAUGUGGGCUUUGAAACCACAGAGCCUCAUUUGUAUUUGGCUCCCGCUCUUUAUACAUCUAAUACAAAAUGAUUGAGUACAACCAACUGUUAACUGUUUUUAUGCAAAAAUAUUGAAGUGUGCCACUAUCAAAACUAAAUCAUCCAACCAGAAAAAUAAUGACUGAUUAAAACUCUUGAUCAUACAUCUCAAGGAACCAAAUAUCCCCCCCAUUUGUGUUACAACGCUUUAGAGGAAGGUCUUAUGUGUGUAAACAACAUGCAGCAGGAAGACCUUCCUUAUAUAAUCAACCCUUGGAGGAUGAGCGGCUGCCACAACGACCAGGAACCAAUCAGCUCUCUCUCUCCACCAGCUGAGGUGGAAACCAGUCAUCAUUAGCAUCUUCCAGAAAACCAAGGUGGUGGAGAGAGUCGUCCUGGAAGUCAAAGAGUGAGAUGGAGCAGGUUACGGAGGGGUCCAACAUCAAAAAGACUCUACAUUCAGUGAAGAAGUACAUCGUCCUCUCCUUUCUUUGUCUUCUCCUGCUGUUUAUUUACACUGGAUACUUGAGUGGAUCCCAGGCUCUAACAACCAUAAGUCACACCAUCUUCUGGAACCAUAGCCGUAGUGGCAGCAGUGGCAGCAGCAACAUCAGCAGUGGCAACAUCAGUGGCAGCAGCAACAGCAGCGACAGCAGUAGCAGCAACAGCAGCAUCAGAAAUGUGACCAUCUUGCUGUGGUACUGGCCCUUUGGCCAUGUAACGUCCCUGCAGGGUGACGUGUGCUGGGACCUCUACCACAUCCCUCGCUGUAGACUGGUGGACCAGCACUCCAUGUUCUCAUCAGCUGAUGUGGUGGUCUUCCACAACAGAGAGCUGAUUCAGGGCAUCCAGAAGUUGCCCUUAGACCUUCCGCGGCCCCAGGGCCAGAGGUGGGCCUGGUUGUCCCUUGAGUCACCUGCUAACAAUGGAAACUUGCAGCAGUAUGCAAAUAUCUUUAACAUGACCAUGACGUACAGGAGGGAUGCUGAUAUCGUUUUGCCCUACGGCAUGCUGGAACCUCAGGAGACUGAGGCACAACUGGUGGAAGAUGUCACUCAGAACAAGAGCUCUCUUGUCUGUUGGGUGGUCAGUAACUAUCAGAACCACCACAGGAGAAGCCAAGUGUACCGUGAGCUCCUACCUGUGGUUCCUGUGAAGGUUUAUGGCAAAUGGACAAACACAAAUCUCCCCAGCAGUGACCUCUUACCUGCAAUCUCACGCUGCUACUUCUAUUUGGCCUUUGAGAACUCUGUUUCCAAAGAUUAUAUCACAGAGAAGCUGUGGUGGAACGCUUAUCAAGGAGGGGCGGUACCUGUUGUCCUGGGUGCAUCAGUGAGCGACUAUAAAGCUGUGGCUCCGCCUAAUUCUUUCAUCCACGUUGAUGACUUUGCAUCCGUAAAAGAUUUGGGCAGGUACCUGGUCGAGCUGGCAAAGGACAAGAAACGCUACAGUGAAUAUUUCACCUGGAGACAGCACUGGAAAGUGAAACGGUUGGCAGAAUGGAGAGAGAGACUGUGUAAAAUCUGCGUGCACUAUGAAAGUUUACCUCAGCAUAGAGUUUACAGUAAUCUCAUGGCCUGGGUCAAUGCUAACUACUGAUUAGUGGAACCAUACUGCCGUAAUUCUGGCAGUGUGUGGCCCUCACUUCCUGGUGGGACAUGAGGGUACUGCAGGCAGGCCGUGAAAUGUCAAUAAAAAUGAAUGUUGGGGUGAUUUAUGGGAUUAUGGGCAAUGAUAAUAGAUAGGACACAUUUAAACUGACUUGCUAUUGUUUACUAGUGUCUUUAAGUAUCACAUGUGCACUACUGAGGGAACUUACAGACUAUAUGCACUUCAAAUUAAAGAGCCUUAAAGGUUGUUCAAACUA